AUGGUUUAUGGAAAGGAAUAUACCGAAAAAACAAGGCGAAGCGAAAUGCAGGCGAGUUUCAGCGUUGAAAGUUAUUCAUCCGAGAGCGGUAGCGACGGAGAAAUAGGUAAAACAAGUUUAACUGAUACGAGAAAACCUGACCACUCACAAAGAACAAAAACCAGUUUUCACCGGCUUAUAAACCAGAUGGGUUCAAGCACAAGAAAACUAGAGGAAGAAACUUCAGGGCUUCUACGCGACUUGGUAAGAUUUGUAUAGAAGGAAACUGAUCAAAAUUCAUCAAAAACGUUCCUAAGUUUCAUUUAUUAAGGUGCUGAAAAAUUAAUAGUACCACGAGGGGGCCUCAAAGACUGGGUUCCAUUUGAGAACUGGCCACUACAAGGAUUUCGGCCACGAAAUCAAAAGCUUGUACAUGUCCUUAUAAAUAUUUCUUAGAAAUAUAGUUUGAGUCAGCUUCCUACAGCCAACCAGCUGCUUCUGUCUGACAGAAGGCAGGAGAAAAGAUAAUAGGCUGUGUUUCAAAAAUAUACUGUUAGUAGUUGUACAGACUAUGUCGAAUUCUAAAAAUAAAAAAAAACGGGUGCAGGGCAUAUUUGGAGUUUAUAGAUACACAAUUUAGGAUUUAGAAAUUUAAAACGUUUUGGAUUAAAUAGUUAAAAAUGUCUCCAAUAACAGCACGGGAAACAAUAAGAUAUAAAAAAGGCAAUUUCGUGAGAAUUGGGUACCGUUUAGACAAAGUCAGUAUCUGAUUAUUAACGUCGUUUUCGUCGCAAGACUAGGUGCUUAAUUACCACAUAGGAAAACUCCAAUUAUAACAGACAAUGCAAAACACGAAGUUUCAAAAUCUUUAAUCAAAACAUUUUCUUUCGGGAGUUACUAAAACAAUCACACAACAGGUAUUUUCGGUAUCAAAUUAAAAACAACUUUUUGUCGUGUUUUUUCUUUUAGUUCUGAACAUACCGUGACUUAUCUUUUAGUAGUAAUUGUAAAAGACAUCUGAUUAAUGGGCAACAUCGAGUUAUAAUUACUUUUCCCGCGUAAUUUUAGCUCUUGGAAAGAAAUGUCUGCGGGACUAUUCUAUGUUUUUGACAUUUCACCAUGACAUUGUUUUUCUUUUAAUUGCCAGCAUUGUUAUAAAUAAUGUUUCCACUAUCACUUGCACGCAGUGUUUCUCAAAAUAAAGUUUUCAAUUUCAGUCCAAAAUUGUGUUUUUAACUCCCAACUUGAACGAAAGAGAAUCGAAUUUUCAUUUGACGACAUCAAGUUUACUUGUUCCUGAGCUUGUUUUAAAAUUAUCAACAACAUGUUCAGUAUUGUUCCCGACUUCAGAGCUGUGUCGAUAUUGCUUUCUAGCUUAAAAUCUAUUCCAAAACUGUCUUUUUAAUAUAAAAACUUUAAAGCGACAUCGCAGUCAUUGUUCCUAACAUAAUGAUUUCGAUAAAAGCAUGUUCAGCAUGUUGACCAUGUUCUAUUGUUUCUUUCAUAAUCUCUUUAUUUUCUUCACAGGAUUCUCUUCGCUCGCAGAACCUAAGCACAGGCAGACGACUUCAGCGACUUGAAAAAGUCUCAGACGCCAUGAAAGGACAAAUGGAGGCUUUUACUGUCAAACAGGGCAGCAAGCCAACGACGUCCUUAUAG